CCCUGGCAGGGAGGGCCCCCGCGGGAACCCCUUCGCAGCGGCCCCUCGAGAGCGCGGGGCGCCGUUUUAAGAGCCGGGCCCGCGGGACGCGUAGGCAGCGGGGGGUCCCUUGGGUGAGGCUGAGCGGGGCUCCUGCAGGCUCUCAGCGCAGCGGGCGGGGGGUCCUAGAAGGACCUCUAGGAAGCUUUCAGGCAUGGCCACCCGGCGUUUAACAGACGCGUACUUGUUGUUGCGGAACAACGCGAUCCAAAGCCGGCAGCUGCUGGCUGAGCAAGUGAGUAGUUACAGCUCCUCCAGUCCUCUGACUUCACGUAGCAUGGCUGCUGCGGAGCUGGAUGAGCUUGCAGAUGAUCGCAUGGCAUUGGUAUCAGGGAUCAGUUUAGAUCCCGAAGCAGCUGUCUGUGUAACUAAAAGGUUGCCUCCCAAGUGGAUUGAUGGUAUAGAAGAAAUUCAAUAUGAGAUCUCCAGGAUAAAACAGAAAAUGAAAGAAAUAGCCAGUCUGCAUGACAAGCAUUUAAACAGACCGACUUUGGAUGAUAGCACCGAGGAAGAACAUGCAAUAGAAAUAACCACUCAAGAAAUUACACAGCUAUUUCACAGGUGUCAGAGAGCAGUCCAGGGCUUACACAACAAGUCUCGAAGCUGUACGGAUCAAGAGUGCCGGCUUCUGAAGAAUGUUGUGUCUUCCUUAGCUCAGUCUCUGCAGGACCUCUCCACCAGCUUUAGGCAUGGGCAGUCUGACUAUCUCAAACGCAUGAAGAAUCGAGAAGAAAGAUCCAAACAUUUCUUUGACACAUCGGUCUCUCUCAUGGAUGAUGGGGAGGAUGCGACCCUCUAUGAUAGGGGCUUUACAGAUGACCAGUUAGUAUUAGUGGAACAAAACACUAUGUUGGUGGAAGAGCGGGAACGAGAAAUUCGACAAAUUGUACAAUCCAUUACUGAUCUUAAUGAAAUUUUCAGGGAUUUAGGAGCAAUGGUAGUUGAACAGGGUACCGUAUUGGACAGGAUUGAUUACAGUGUUGAACAAUCAUGCAUUAAAACAGAAGAAGGAUUGAAACAACUACAUAAAAACUUCCGCAGAAGGCUGCUAAAUUAUGCCUUCCAACGCAGUGGACCAUUGCUUCUGGAGAGAAUGGAAUUCAGUCCCUUUAUAUUAUCAUCUGCAGCAACUGUCAGUUGUACAGGUAGAUUUGUGAUUUGUACAAGUUCUGGGCCAGCUAAAGAGCGGAUAGCAUGGGAAAUAUGGAAAAGGCAUACUGUACAUUAUGCAUUUGCAAAAACCCAUUUGCAUUUUAUGCAUGCAUAAAAUAGACAAAAAUAUGCCAAGAGUGAUGGCUGCCAGGGUCUUGUCUGUAUUUUCCAACUGGAUAACAAGGGCCCCCUGUAUUUAUUGAAAGUAUCAUCCUGUUACCUAAAGUAGAAUACACAAUUUAGGACUGGCCUCCCUGGGCCUCUUUCCUCUCCAGACAAGAAAAAGGCUGAACAUGUGUUGGCUUCAGUCUCGCCAAAAUUUGCUCCUUGUGCCUCAAGAUAACAGAUUGCAAUACCCUAGCAGGCCAUGGUUAACCUCCUUUUCUAAAAUAAAUUCCAACAUAGAGAACCUAGCUAAUGGACCUUGAUCUCCAUGAUGGGCAUGGGACAGUUGGAAAAUGACACGCUCAGUCCUAAAAAUACAUGACAUGACCCAGUUAGCUUAAACCAUGUAGAAAUUAGAGAAUAGUUGCAUACCUGUUGCAGUGGGCUCAUUAUGGUAUCCUUGUUCUAGACCCAGCAGCUGCUUCAUGGCCCUCUUGAGGUCUUCUGGGCAUUACUCCACUGUGAUGACUGGCAAAAUGCAGCGCACAGCCCCCCAAUGGUUUGCACAGUCUUUUCAGUAUUAAAAUGUUAAAAUGUUUCUCAUGCUGCCAACCCACAGGGUGUGAUCAAAAAGGUCAAGAUGGCAGCCACAGUGGUUUGAUUGAAGCUCCGUCUCCAUUAUGUGCAAUGGACUUCUGUAGCAACCUUUGAAAGACCACAGGUGUCAUACCCAAGGGUUUCAGGUUGUAUCCCUCUGCUGUAGAUCAUGAUUUAUAAACCACUGGGUCUAUACUUGACCAUAAACCAAAUCUAAACAGAUCAUAAUGAAGCUAGAUAUGAACUGCUUGGCAUGCAGGGAAAUUAAGUCAGGCAUUGUGGUAUUUUGCUGGCUCUACAAGGUUAACAGAAACCAUAAUUCUCAACUACCAUAGCUGCAGUGUAAGUAGAUAUUUAGAUUAAGGAGUAUGAGGAGCUAUGCCUAAAGAUUAACAUGCAUUCACACACACACACACACGGUUGCAGAAAGUUCGACUUAGGCCAGUGUAAUUAAUAAUAGAAAAAAAGAGGGUCAGAAGGUAGAUUAGGUUCUCUUGGUAGCUCUGGGUGAUUUGCAGUAAAUUUACAGAAAUUUCUGGUCCCAGUUGAUUUAAUGUGAGCAACACCCAGAGGUUGUGGGUUUUGUCUUCUUUCUUAGGCUGCUAAGAUGAAGAAAAUUUGACAAAAACAAAAGUAGAUUUUUGUAUGAAAAUACGGUGAGAUUGAUGCUUGUCCCUGAAAGCAAAUUAUUGGCUGAAUAUUUUGUUCAAGAGCAUCUUUACUUAGUUCUUCCUCCCUGUGCUCCUAGUAGAAUUUUACCCUUUGCAUUAGGGCAGAAAGUCAAGUAGCCUGAAACCCAGUGUGUAGGCAAUAAACCUGGAUCUGCACUGUGCCCUUUCAAACUAUAAAGCAUUGCAGGAAUGCUUUCCAUACAUUUUUUUUAAUUCCCCAAGCCAUAGAGUAGAUAUUGGAGAGAAAUUGAAGCUGGAGUCCUUCUGAUGUUCCAAUUUUGCGUCUGAGAAGAGCCCACCAUCUUCAGAGGAACUGGUAGAGUCAGCUAUGAAGAGAACUGCAUCAUGAAGACUCCAUUAUGCUCCAUGAGGGAAGCCCCAUCAUCGUCUGUGUUCUCCCUUUGAAAAUUCUGUGUUACGCCAAAAUGGGCCAUGAUAGUAACACUGUUUUUCUGAAAGCCGCUAUUAACUUUUGAGCAGCGAGAAAUGAAGCACUCCAGAAGGCACCUAGUGUGUCUACAUUACAGGCACAAUAAGAAGCAUAUUCCUUUUGUGAAAUGGCUGCUGUACAUGUUGCUCAACAGCAAGCAUAGUGAGAUCUCUGCUUCAGGAGCCUUGCGCUCUGAAGUCCAAUUGGGGAGGAAAAGGACAGAAAGAGUAAUUUGUCAUAAGCCACCGCAGCAGCAUGCACUUUGGGAGGACGAAGGCUGUAGGCCAAUGUUGUCCGAACUUGGCCACUUUUCCCCAGCCAGCAUGG